AGGUUUGUGUUAUGCCAACCCAAGCUGAACCUUGCACUGAGGGGUACAGCCAUAGCGACAGAGCUUCGUCGUGCCCCAGUUGAUGGAGGCAGCACUAUCGCUUCUUUACUACCUACUAUCAACAGAUCACGGCGCUGUCACCACCAUGCUGGCGACGCCGGAGAGGUCACUGCAGUGGGACUUGGAAGCAUCCGACUCUGUUUCGCCGUCAAUGACGCUUGAGAGCGCACUCUACCAUCUCUUCCAAGUCGCGCACAUUGUCAACCGCAAAGAGCAUGUCGAAGCGAUGCAAGCCCCCGACAUCAUACCUCUCACCCGCAUUUUUGAGCAAUGUUUUUCCAGAGACACAAGCUCGGCCACGAUAUUUGCGCCAGUCUCACGCCAGUGCAUGCUUCCGAAGCAUCUUUCUGGCUGGCAGCUUCGCUCUGUCGGAAACGAGCUCCUUUCAAAUGUGCUACUUACAUUGCAUCAGUUUCCGACGCUUUCGUACAACAGCCAAGUGCUGCUGACAAGCUCUAUUCUCGUGAUUGCUCGUCAGACAUCGCUUUGCCAGAAGCAGAGCCGCGAAGCCAAGACACCAUUGAUAGACCCAUAUAUUUGCAACCUGAUAUGUACCUUGGAGAUGAUUCAUGAAAAGUUCACCGUCUACAUCAUCGAAGACAACAUAUUGGAUGUUCAAGCCAAGAUGGAGAGAAUCAAGAGCGAUAUCGGCUCUGGGCCCAUCAACAGCCGCCAACCGACCGAGAGACAGCAUAGUCGGAAAGGAGAUGCGCCGCAUUUGUCGGCCCUGCCCACCGUUCGACCGUCGGACCUGCAGAGUUCCGAGACGAGACAGCCACCUCGACCGGUGGUGCCGACACCUUCGGGCCGUGGCCGGCGCUCCUCGUUCUUUGUCCGUCGCCCGCCUCGUACCCACGAAAACGAAACCAAGGUCCUGCGCUCAUGUUUGGUCCUCCGUGAGUUUGCCGUUGAGCUUUCGGAAGUUCUGUUCAUCAAUCAGCGAGCCAGCAACUUCAUGCCGGAGGACGAUUCGGUUGAUUGGUAGGCUGUGACUGUAGUAUCGAAAGUUGGUUGGUCCAGCCCGAAGCGCCCGUGCUCGACUCUUCCGGGCAAAGCGAGGUGCGAAGGAGCGUCUGGCCCAUCACCCUGAUUACUCCACGACGUCACCAAUGAGAAAUUAAGACAGGUGGUAUUCGCUCUUAUGAAAAUAGAACUCGUG